UCCGCCGCACUCCUGCAAACACCGCUCCUCUGAUUAACUUCUGUGCAGAUGGCUCGACUCAAUGUGGAAGACAGUUUAGCUACAGGACGAUGUUUGGAAGAGUGGCGCUGUUAAAGAGGAGAUCCCACGAUGAAAACGUGGACUCUGGAGCUGAAACUGCCGAAUCUGACUGCAGCAUGAUGUCACCCUCUGACAUGGAGCUCAUGACCGGUCGCGUCAAGCAGCAGCGGCAACCUCAGCUCCUGCCGAUGAACUUGCAUCUGCUGGCCAACCCCGGAGACUCCCUGCUGCUGCAGCACACCCUGGACCGCCUGCUCCGCUGGCUCUGCCCCAGCCUCCGCAUCUUCCAUGUGUCAGAGAGGGCCUCCCCAUUCAGAAGCUACACCCACCUCUCUCCUAUGGCAGGCUACCCUUCUCUGGCCAUCACCUUCUUUCUCCAUGAAGCCUACGGAGAGGAGCGGAUCCUCAAAGUGCUGGACUUCUUUCAGAGUCCGCCCUGGCAGUACCACCACUCUGAGACGUGCGGCAGCCGGACCGGAGGGGUCCACAUUAGCUCCAGCAGCUCCCCGGCUAACGCCAUGCUGCAGCCUUACCUCCUUCCCAGUAGAGACUUCUAUAGUUUGGGGGUAGGCAUGCCUGUGUGGGGGGUGCGCCCUGUCCACUGUGGAGGAGAAAUACUUCGGGUGACUCUCUACAGUGGGUACGACAACUUCGAGGACGCUGUGCGGCUCUAUGAGACGGUGCUGCAGCGGCAGGCGGAGGAGCAGAAGACAGGCUUCUGCUGGUUCACUCUCCACACAGAGCCGGGGCUGUGCAUGCAGCUGGCUUUAAAACAGCUGUCUCCAGGGGUUCGGGUGGAGCCUUGCAGCUCUGCCGUGCUGCAGUUUAGUGUGGAAGAAAUUGGCCAGCUAGUCCCUCUGUUGCCCAACCCCUGCACCCCCAUCAGCGGCUCACGCUGGCAGACAGAAGACCUGGAUGGAAACAAAGUUCUCUUCCAGGUGAAAACCCCGGCUCAGCCUCAGCGCCCUCUGACCUGUGCUUUCCCCCUGACCUGCCCCAGCGUGUCCCCCCGAGGAGUGCAGCUCCGGAACCCGGCACAGGGCCCCAGCCUGUCGCCCUGCAGCCUCACAAUGCCCCGGCACACACACAGGCACGGCCCCAGGCCGCGCAGUGACCCCGUCCUGGAGAAGCUUUAUGGAGGAGGAGCAGCAGAGAGCCAGGGAUCAGGAAGCUGCUGCAGCACCCCUCCAGGCAGCUCCUGUUACUCAUCCCAGCGCAGCAGCCCGGCACCCCUCUCCACCACCUAUCACCCCGACUCCCCUCUGCGCCCGUCCAUCACCCGCUCUCUGUCCCAUCUCCUCCUGGAAGAGGAUGAGGAGGAGCCAGAGACCAACGUAGACACCGGAGUCCCCGUGUCACUGCUCUCAGACUCAGCAGUGAAAAUGCUCACCCGCUCUUCCUCAGUGGACCUUUUGAUGACUGCUCACCCUGAGAGACCUGCUGUCGAGGGUCUGGCCAAGGAGCUUAUUGAGUGUCUGCCACGGACACACAUACAUCCUCAGGUCGCCUCCAGGACUUGGGGCUCCUCGGGAUACACGCAUUCAGCCAGGAAGGCAUGUAGUGGCAGGACCGUGGCGGUAGGACAAAGCCCCUCCAGAGGGCCCUUCAUAGAGAGCAGGACUAAUGCGGAGCUGCUGUCGCCACGCACACACAGCACGGAGCUGGUUGAUGAGUUCUUCAUCUGAAUUCCUGCUACUACACCUCGUGCUGUGUGGUAAUCACAGUGCACCAGGUCUGAAGUAAUGCAGGAGGACACAGCCUGCAUUAUACAAUAUUGUCGAUUUUAUUUGUGAGAACUGUUCAAAGCCUGGGUGAGUGAUAUUUGGAGGUAAUAAUAUCCUCAAUGUCUUUUAUAUUUAGAUCUAACUAAUGAUUUGUGCAGCUAAAAUGUAGUCCUGUAACAAACCCUGGAGGAAACGCUCUUUGCUGAAUGUUUCUGUCAGGCGGAUAAUACCAGUUUCUGUCUCAAAUGGCCUUUUGAACGAUGAUGAUCUGACUCGGUCCGAUUGCUCUCCACAGGUUGAACACAGUACAGGUAUAGCCUCGUGGCUUUGAUUACAUUCCUUUAAAUGCACUUCAAAUGAAUAAUGACUCUAGUAUUUGUGUUGAAAUGGUUAUCUGAUGGAGUAGACCAGAUCACAUAUAUUGAAUAGGAUUAAAUUCUCUCAUGUUUCUUACAGUUAACAGGAUUUUCUAACUAGCGACUCAAAGACAUAAUUUAAACUACAAAAAGUAUUCUAAUAUAUAUUAUAUAAAUCUAACCCUUAGUAUAGCAGGUCUCUCAAACAGCCCAAAAGUUUCCUGGGACUAAGACAUGUUGACUACUGUAUGGCAGUAAGCUGAGGGAUCAGCAGAUUAACUUCAGUGAAAACUUAACAAGUAUUGGACUGAUCAGGUACAGAUGGCAGCAAUCACUCCAUUUUCUUCCCACACAUUAUAGCUGUAAGAGAUCUGAUAAAAGAGAAUGUUGUAUUGUAAAGACAGAAAAAUAUGGAUUCAUGAGUCAGGUAAAGUUAUUCCCCUCUACAACACAGAUUACAUGUUUUCCUGUUAGUCAAACUUUCAAUCACAGCUGAACCUGAACGAGGUUUUCACUCGUGCAUCCUGGACAAGGCAUAACAAUUGCACAUCAUUUACAGUAUGGGCUGGUCACCAGGACGCUGCAGGAGUUCUGUAUGUUUAAUAUAAAUGUUGCUGGAGUGUCCUUAGUGUUUGAAAUGUUCAGUGAAGCAUAACAUGAAGACUUAGUAUUAAAAGAUAAACUAAA